UCCAGGAGGACAGGACAGUGGUCCCCAGGAAGGGAAGGAGAGUCCAACCUAGUUUUCCUGAUCCCCCGUGGGAGGCUGAGGUUGCAAACAGACAGCUGCAGCUCCUUGCACCUAUGCCACACACACAGCCUUUCUGAAUCAGAGGGUAUUAUUCUUUCCUUCUGAACUCUUGGGAUAUUCCUGUUUUGAUUUGGCUCUAGCAGUGACGACACCAAGUUGUGCAAAGCCUGGGAACAGUGAGGGCAUUAGGACCAGGAGUGAGGCGCACGCUUGGCUCUGGGUUGUGUCUGGCAGAGGGCUCUCGGCUGAGUGGAGCUAUGUGUGAAAGGAAACCAGGCACUGCCUGCCGGCUUUACAUCUGUUGAUCUGACCUGACUGGAAGCGUCCAAAGAGGGACGGCUGUCAGCCCUGCUUGACUGAGAACCCACCAGCUCAUCCCAGACACCUCAUAGCAACCUAUUUAUACAAAGGGGGAAAGAAACACCUGAGCAGAAUGGAAUCAUUAUUUUUUUCCCAAGGAGAAAACCGGGGUAAAGGGAGGGUAGCAAUUCAAUUUGAAGUCCCUGUGAAUGGGCUUUCAGAAGGCAAUUAAAGAAAUCCACUCAGAGAGGACUUGGGGUGAAACUUGGGUCCUGUGAUUUUCUGAUUGUAAGUGGAAGCAGGUCUUACACACGCUGUUGGCAAAUGUCAGGAGCAGGUUAAGUGACUGGCAGAAAAACUUCCAGGUGGAACGAGCAACCCAGGUUCUGCUGCAAGCUUGAAGGAGCCUGGAGUGGGAGAAAGCGAACUUGAACAUGACCUGUUGCAUUUGGCAAGUUCCAGCAACAUGCUCCUAAGGAAGCGAUACAGGCACAGACCAUGCAGACUCCAGUUCCUCCUGCUGCUCCUGAUGCUGGGAUGCGUCCUGAUGAUGGUGGCGAUGUUGCACCCUCCCCUGCACACCCUGCACCAGACCGUCACAGCCCAAGCCAGCAAGCACAGCCCUGAAGCCAGGUACCGCCUGGACUUUGGGGAAUCCCAGGAUUGGGUACUGGAAGCUGAGGAUGAGGGUGAAGAGUACAGCCCUCUGGAGGGCCUGCCACCCUUCAUCUCACUGCGGGAGGAUCAGCUGCUGGUGGCCGUGGCCUUACCCCGGGCCAGAAGGAACCAGAGCCAGGGCAGGAGAGGUGGCAGCUACCGCCUCAUCAAGCAGCCAAGCAGGAGACAGGAUGAGGAGGCCCCAAAGAGGGACUGGGGGGCUGACGAGGAGGAUGGGGAGGUGUCUGAAGAAGAGGAGUUGACCCCAUUCAGCCUGGACCCACGUGGCCUCCAGGAGGCACUCAGUGCCCGCAUCCCCCUCCAGAGGGCUCUGCCCGAGGUGCGGCACCCACUGUGUCUGCAGCAGCACCCUCAGGACAGCCUGCCCACAGCCAGCAUCAUCCUCUGUUUCCAUGAUGAGGCCUGGUCCACCCUCCUGAGGACUGUACACAGCAUCCUCAACACAGUGCCCAGGGCCUUCCUGAAGGAGAUUAUCCUCGUGGACGACCUCAGCCAGCAAGGACAACUCAAGUCUGCUCUCAGCGAAUAUGUGGCCAGGCUGGAGGGGGUGAAGUUACUCAGGAGCAACAAGAGGCUGGGUGCCAUCAGGGCCCGGAUGCUGGGGGCCACCAGGGCCACCGGGGAUGUGCUUGUCUUCAUGGAUGCCCACUGCGAGUGCCACCCAGGCUGGCUGGAGCCCCUCCUCAGCAGAAUAGCUGGUGACAGGAGCCGGGUGGUAUCUCCGGUGAUAGAUGUCAUUGACUGGAAGACUUUCCAGUAUUACCCCUCAAAGGACCUGCAGCGUGGGGUGUUGGACUGGAAGCUGGAUUUCCACUGGGAACCUUUGCCAGAGCAUGUGAGGAAGGCCCUCCAGUCCCCCAUAAGCCCCAUCAGGAGCCCUGUGGUGCCCGGAGAGGUGGUGGCCAUGGACAGACAUUACUUCCAAAACACUGGAGCGUAUGACCCUCUUAUGUCACUGCGAGGUGGUGAAAACCUCGAACUGUCUUUCAAGGCCUGGCUCUGUGGUGGCUCCGUUGAAAUCCUUCCCUGCUCUCGGGUAGGGCACAUCUACCGAAAUCAGGACGCCCACUCCCCCCUUGACCAGGAGGCCACCCUGAGGAACAGGGUUCGCAUUGCUGAGACCUGGCUGGGGUCAUUCAAAGAAACCUUCUACAGGCAUAGCCCAGAGGCCUUCUCCUUGAGCAAGGCUGAGAAGCCAGACUGUAUGGAACGCUUGCAGCUGCAAAGGAGACUGGGUUGUCGGACAUUCCACUGGUUUCUGGCUAAUGUCUACCCUGAGCUGUACCCAUAUGAACCCAGGCCCAGGUUCUCUGGAAAGCUCCACAACACUGGACUUGGGCUCUGUGCAGACUGCCAGGCAGAAGGGGACAUCCUGGGCUGUCCUAUGAUGUUGGCUCCUUGCAGUGACAGCCGGCAGCAACAGUACCUGCAGCACACCAGCAGGAAGGAGAUUCACUUUGGCAGCCCACAGCACCUGUGCUUUGCUGUCAGGCAGGAGCAGGUGAUUCUUCAGAACUGCAUGGAGGAAGGCCUGGCCAUCCAUCAGCAGCACUGGGACUUCCAGGAGUUCUGCAGGCUGCACAGGAAGCAUGGCUGAGGAGGCCUCAGGACACUUACAAUCAUGGCAGAAGGCGAAGAGGAAGCAAGCCCCGUCCUCACAUGGCAGAGCAAGGGAGAGAGAGAGCGAAGGAGGAGGUGCUACACACUUCCAAACAACCAAUCUUGUGAGAACUCUAUCAAGAGAACAGCAAGGGGGAAGUCUGCCCCAUGAUUCAAUCACCUCCCACCAGGCCCCUCUUCCAACACUGGGAAUUACAAUUCAACAUGAGAUUUCGGUGGGGACACAGAACAAAACCAUAUCAAUCUCAAACAUUAAUAAAUGAAUGAUGAAUAAAUAAAUAGGCAUUUUCAGCAUUGCUGGUUAAGGUUGUUAAACUUUUCAUAAAGAAAUUAAAUUUUCUUAAAAAGGAGAAGGUUGGAUUCAAUAUUAAAUCUGGUGAUUUUGAGCAGGGAAUAGCCAUGGUCUUCUGAACAUGGCUGGUUUAGGCCUUCAGUAUAUCCUAGAGGUCUUGCUCACUACCACAGCCUGGUAACAACAGUGCCCAACUGCAGGAUUAACAGAAGGUAAAGUGGAUUAAAUCGUUUUGAAAGCGGAAAUUUACAACUACAGUGAUAACAAUGAAUGUCACAAAUACAGCAUAAAGACUGAACAUGCUCUGGGAAUUAUACUAACCAUAACUUUCUAAGAAAUGGUGCAAUUACACAACUACAAUAAAGAUAAUUGGAUUAGUUACCCCUAAGGUUUUGAGUGACAUCCAAAUUUUAAGGCUACCUAAUUUAUAUUUUAUGUUGAUCAAAAUACCACAAUUCCUUUCCAGGCCAGUUCAUACCAUCUGUUAUUCUCUUAAUGGUUAGCGCAAAUCUUAAAAAUAUUUUCUUUUGCUGACUGAUUGUGGGGGACUGGUUUUCUUUUCUUUUUUCUUUUCUCUUUUUAGAAUGGGAUGAUUGUCCACAUUCUUUCUGGGAAAUGCAUGGAAGCUGUGGUGCAAGAAAACAAUAAAGAUUUGUACCUGCAUCCGUGUGAUGGAAAAGCCCGCCAGCAGUGGCAAUUUGACCAGGUCAAUGCUGUGGAUGAACGAUGAAUGUCAAAGUCAGAAGGAAAAGAGAAUUUUGGCCAUCACAAUUCAGCUCCAAGUGAACUUAAAGAGCUUAUAUAUUUCAUGAAGCUGAUCCUUUUGUGUGUGUGCUCCUGGUGUUAGGAGAGAAAAAAGCUCCAUGAAAGAAUAUAGGAAGUUUCUCCUUUUCACACCUUAUUUCAUUGACUGCUGGCUGCUUUAAAAAAAAAAAAAAAAAAAAAAAGGAUCCAUUGUACUGUUGUCUUCAUCACUGGGAAAUGAUUAUUACAUAGUACAGAAGAUUCUUUGUUUUUCUCUGCUGAGCACUUAACAAUUGCUUUCUCUCUGGCCUGGACAUUCUCUGGCAGCACCUCCAGGAUACAUAAAUCCAAUGGAUCAAUUUAUUUGUCUUCAAAUGGCCUUAACUUGGAUUGUCUGUUUGGCCAACCAUGAAAAUUAAAGAGUGAAGCAGAUGUAAUGGCCUGAAACUCCAAAAACUCUGAAUUGGGUUUAUUAGCACAAAGGUUGUGUUCAUUUGUUGAGCCAUAUCUCAGAAGAAGGAAAGGAAGCUACAGAGAGGAGGUUUAGGAUUGGAGAGAAGAUGCAAGAGCACUUUGGCCUAAUUCUCCAGCUCAACCCAGAAGCUGAAAAGCGUCAAGAGACCUGAGAAGAGACAUUUUCAUGUUAAUGAGAAUUUCCCCCAUUAUGGAGAAUUUCCUUCCUACUGAGAAUCUACCUCUAUUCCCCCUGCCCUAGCUCUUCUCUAACUUGGUUAACCAUAACCAUAACCAGAUUCCCUUGCAAUCGAUUUCUCUUUAGUCGUUGGUGUUAGAAGUACCAGCACAAUUUGAGCAUUCCCAUUAACAAAGGUGUUCACAGUUGAGAAACUCUCCUGCCGGGCGCGGUGGCUCAUGCCUGUAAUUCCAGCACUUUGGGAGGCGGAGUUGGGCGGAUCACCUGACGUUAGGGGUUUGACACCAGCCUGGUCAACACUGCAAAACCUUGUCUCUACUAAAAAUACAAAAAUUAGCCGGGCAUGGUGGCGCAUGCCUGUAAUCCCAGCUACUUGGGAGGCUGAGGCAGGAGAAUCGCUUGAACCCAGGAGGCAGAGGUUGCAGUGAGCUGAGAUCAUGCCAUUGCACUCCAACCUGGGUGACAGAGUGAGACUCCAUCUCAAAAAAAAAAAAAAGGAGAAACUCUCCUGAUGCCCUGUUACAGGGUUUGCACUGACUGGAGCAGAAACAGCAACCUUUCUAAAAAAGCAAACCUUUUUCCUGGGAGGAAAAUGCCAGAGCCUGAGCCAAAAUUCUUAUGACAGGUAACAUUUGGUUGUUAAUGUCCAUGAGAGCUGACAGGGCCAUCUCUGAGCCCGUAUAACUGUCUGGAACCCCCAAAUGUGUCCACAGGUUGAAUAUCCAUGAGUGCGGGAAGAACACGGCUCAUCUGGAGCAUAGCUGAGGCUAGUAAGAGCUAAAUGACUUUCCUUGCUAUGACUUAGCUUACCUAGUUCAGCCGUAAGAGUUGCCGAAUGGGAUGGGUUCUGCUAUUUAAUAAACACCAUUCAUAUUCAUUUUUCCCCAGAUGGAGUUACCUACCUUUCCACAUGGUCAGCUUAGAAAUCUCCCCCUAAAGAUGCUAAUCUCCUUUGGGCUGUCUCAGAACACAGUAUCCUUCAAAUAAGAAAAACUGAGUGGGAAGUGCAGUGUUUCCAAACAAUACCUAUCAUAACUACGUAUUCAUUGUCUACCUGCUAAGUCAAGGGUUCAUAACUACGUAUUCAUUGUCUACCUGCUAAGUCAAGGAUUCACUGCAUUUCUCCUUCCUCAGAAUACACUCUGGACCUGUGCUGUCUAAUAUGGUAGCCACUAACAAAAUGUGGCCAUUUUAAUGUAAAUCCAUUAAAAUCAAAGAAAAUUUAAAACUCAAUUCCUCAAUUGGACUGGCCACAUUUCAAAUGCUCACUAGCCACCUGUGGCUAGGGUCUACUGUAUUGGCGAGCACGGAUAUAGAACAUUUCAUCACAGUUCUGUUGGAACAAUCUAGAUAGAUUCAUUAUCCCAUCUAGAGAAGAGACUUUAGCCACUGUCUUCUUGCUUCAGACCCAUCUAUAUUUAAAACAAAUUUCCCUAAAUCCUGAGACUGAGACGGAGCUAAAAAUUCUCAGAUGGGAACCAUAUAAAUGGUAUUAGUGGCUGAAGAAAAAACAUUUUUCAAGACCUCUGUUUUUUAACUGAACUUUAUUAUUGGCAUUGUGGGUCUUUGAAGUUGCUGGGAUAAAUUAAUAUAAUUAAAUAAAAGACUGAAUUCAA